AUGUUGGUACUAAAAUACAAUAAAAUUUCUUCGGACCAUCUCAUAACCAUUGAAUCGACGAUGCUUAAAUUCAUCGAUGGCAAAUUACCAAAUACCGGAAUGGACUUCAAAGUCUGGGACUGGUCAAUACCAGAAUUAUAUGGCAUCUUGAUAGGAAUGUUUGUAAAACUAAAUCUACAGGAAACCCUCAAUAUCACAACCUCAGAAAUACUUGACUUUAUAAUCGAAGUUGACCAAGGAUAUCUACACACAUCAUAUCAUUCAUUCUACCACGCAGUGGACGUCGUAGCUGUAUUAUAUUACAUGUUGACAGAAUUAGGAGCUGGAAAAUUCCUCACCUCUUUAGAUUGUAUCAUAUUAUUAAUAGCUGGGUUAUGUCACGAUAUUGGUCAUGCUGGUUUAAAUAAUGUGUAUCAAGUAAAUGCUAGAACAGAAUUAGCUAUUCGAUACAAAGAUCAAUCGGUGUUAGAAAAUCAUUCAUGUACACUUACGAUGAAUAUCCUAACAAAACACAAACUAUUACGGAACGUGCACACAUGUCGGACAGAAUAUUAUGGCAUGCCACCAAACCAGGUCGAUGAAUCUCUAAGAAACCUAAUAACAAAAACGAUACUGGCAACUGAUAUGAUUUUCCACUAUGAUCUCAUGGAAAAUCUCAAUACAAUGAUUGAACAAAUGUGGUCGCCGACAAGUUCAGCAGAAAAUUCUGGAGACGAAAGUGAAAGUUAUCCAAAUUCGCCAGUCUCUUCAGUUGCCUCAUCGCCUGCAUCAUCAUCGUUACUAUCGAUGUCACCUCUGGGUCAAAGUAGCAGUAACGCAAUAUACGAUUCCGAUAAUAGUUCACAAUCAUCCCCGAGAAGUUCGAUAAUGGUUACACUCGAUGCUGAUCAACGUGAACUUUGGUGUAAAGUAUUAUUACAUGCGGCAGAUCUUAGCAACACCGUCCGACCUUGGGAAAUAUCAAAACGAUGGUCAGAUAUGGUAGUCGAAGAGUUCUUCUUGCAAGGAGAUCUUGAAAAGAAGAACAAUUUGCCAGUUUCACCAAAUAUGGAUCGUAAACAAACACAUCAAUCUCAAAUUAGUUUGGGAUUUGGUGAUUUGGUGGUUAAACCAUUUUUCGAAGCAUUCGCUGCAUUCUUGCAACCUGCGACUAUUUUCUUGAAUAUUCUCAAAGAUAAUCGUGGCUAUUGGGAUGCAUUAUCAAAAGAACCUCAACCAGAACCAAAAACCUCGGACAACGGAAAACUGCUGUCAGCUAAAGCAGCAAACAACGCUCGUCGUGUUAGCUUGGCUGCUGGUCUAUUAAUUAUUCCAGAUGAUAUACACGAUAAAAUGCGUAAUUUGCCACGCCCUCAGAGAUAUCGUAAACUAAAACGAAGUCUUUCCGGCAGAUCAUUUAGUCAUCACUCUUUAGUAUCAGGAAAUGGUAAUAACGGUCAUCUACAGAAUGAUCAUUUAGGCGAUGACCUGGAUGAUGACCAAUAUAUAAAACCGACACGUCGGAAAUCUGCCGGUCCAAAUUCAACACUUUCUGGGCAAGUGACCGAAAUUAAUCCCACUUCCAAUAGUGCUCUUUAUCAAAGACGUGUUGGUCGCGUGAGACGUAGUAGUUCACUGGAUCAAAACAUGAUUCGACAGAUUACUGCAUAUUACGGAACCAGAGGCGAUUUUCCUUCGCCUAUGGAACAAAGGGCUGUAGUGGCAGGAAGUUAA